CUGCUGCACAAUAAUGAGAAAGGCCAAAGUUCUGCAGGGCUGGCUGGGGAUCCUGUUCUGCUCCGUCACCGGACUGCGGGGUUCUUCCCUGGACUGCACGGACCGGGAUGCUGGGGGAGCGCGCUGCAGCAUUUCAGUGGAGAAGCUUCUGGAUCGAGCCAUCCAGCACGCGGAGCUUAUCUACCGCGUCUCAGAGGAGGCCAGGACACUGUUUGAGGAAAUGUUCAUUCCUUUCUCUGCGCUCACUCAGCAAGGCCGUGGAAGCCACUUGUGCACGUCCAACAUCGUCCCCAUUCCUACAUCCAAAAGCGAAGUUCAGCAAAUUUCAGACAAAUGGCUCCUCCACUCUGUCCUCAUUCUCAUCCAGUUUUGGGUUGACCCCCUAAUGGACCUGCAAGCUUCUCUGGAUCGCUACGACAACGCCCCCAGCACCCUCCUCAACAAGACCAAAUGGAUGUCGAGCAAGCUGAUGAAUCUAGAGCAAGGAGUGCUCGUUCUUAUCAGAAAGAUGCUGGACGAAGGCAGUUUAGAGCUGCACAAUAACGAGAGUGUGACGGCUUACCUGGUGCCGCCGGACAUGGUGGAGCACGUGCUGAGGGACUACGCUAUGCUGUCCUGCUUCAAGAAGGACGCUCAUAAGAUGGAGACGUUCCUUAAACUUCUCAAGUGCCGCCAAACGGACAGAUCCAGCUGCUCCUUUUUCUAGCCGUGUGAAGAAAUCGGACCCAGGCACUUUACAGGAUGAUUUGGAGUUGAGUUCAGGUGCCAGAAAAUA